GAGCCUUUUCUGCUUAAUCGCGUGGUCGCUUUCGUGGAGAGAGGGGAAUUGACAUUCAUAGAAAGCUUGCCAAUGGGGUGAUGCAAAGCUCAACGGAUCUAAUACGUGCCUCGUGGGAAGGGACGGUGUCGUAGUAUUUGAUCGCGUGUGCCUCUCACUGAGUUCUUGGAAGCAGCGCGUAGGGCUUGAUGCGUCUGUGCUCCAGUCCAUCCAUGUCUUUUGUGCCACAAGUUGAGCUGUUUUUGCGCGCGAUUUGUCAUUUUUAAUCAUGUGUUUGAAAAAUGCCAAGUUGUUUUGCGAAUGUUUCACGGUUCAGGACUCUUUGCCUUACUGCUGAUGGUGCUGGAGUGGACCCGUCCAGGCCUGUCCUCCCCAUUACGCCCCAUCUGUGACCUGCGCGUCCUCGACCAUUUCAUUAAGGAGGCAUGGGAUGCAGAGGCUGCUAUGAGAACUUGUAAGGACGAUUGCAGCAUUGCAACGAACGUCACUGUUCCUCUGACCAGAGUCGAUUUUGAAGUCUGGGAAGCGAUGAAUAUAGAGGAGCAAGCUCAGGAGGUCCAGUCAGGCUUACACAUGCUGAACGAGGCCAUUGGCUCAUUACAGAUAUCUAAUCAGACUGAAGUGCUUCAGUCUCACAUAGAUGCCAGUAUUAGAAACAUCGCCAGCAUCAGACAAGUGCUGCGAAGUCUCAGCAUACCGGAAUAUGUACCUCCAACCAGUAGUGGAGAAGACAAGGAGACACAGAAAAUAUCCUCGAUCUCAGAGCUGUUUCAGGUCCAUGUCAACUUUCUUCGGGGAAAAGCGCGUCUGCUGCUCGCCAAUGCACCUGUCUGUCGACAGGGUGUCAGCUGAUAAACAAUUCAGGGCAAAGGCCAAACUAAUCAAAGCUCCUCAUAUCAGGAGGCAGGAUAUGGACUAUUACAAAGGAAAUAUAUGACUGGGAGUUGUAGCACUUUGAAAGAUUUACUCACAAAGGGAAGAGAAGACAUCCCCCUGAAUGCCAAGCGGCAAACCCACCUGCCAAAAUCUACAAGAAAUCACUCCUUUUUCCCCAUAUGACUGAUGAAGCUUGUCCAGCACAACUGGGAAGGUUUAUCUGGGACUCUUUUUCUACUGUUUAUGAAAUUGUCAUUAUUUAUAUAUAUAUAUUUCCUAGAGCUGGAAUCACUGCAGGUUUUUCUCGGAAGCUGUUCAAGUAAAGACCUCCCUUUCUCCAUCUACCAUGGCCUCAAGCACCUCCAACUGUUGAUAGAGACAACUAUUUAUCGUUAUUAAUUAUGCACUGUAGGUUUCUAUUAAUUUUCGUGGAUGU